UGCUGGGAUUAAAGGUGUGUGCCACCAGGCUUGACUUGUGUGCAUGUGUUUCACAAACCCAGUCUAUGUGCAUAUGAAGCUGACAUAUGUAUUUUUUUUUUUUAUAGGUAACUUUAUGCUGCUUCCCAAAUGGGACACAAAGUGGUCGUGUUUGACAUUUCUGUUGUCAGAGCCUUGUGGGAAACUCGUGUCAAGAAGCACAAAGCAUGGCAGAAGAAGGAGGCAGAAAGGCUGGAGAAGAGUGCACUGGAGAAGAUAAAGGAGGAGUGGGACUUUGUGGCUGAGUGCAGGAGGAAGGGUGUACCCCAGGCGCAGUACUGCAAGAAUGGCUUUGUAGACACCAACUCAAGGAUCCUGGACAAGAUAGAGAGGAAUUCAGUCGCCAGGCAGAGUUCAUGGGUCAAGGACAGAGGCAAACAGAGCAAUCCAUUUGUGUUUGAACUCUCAGGGGCACAGUGGAAGGAGCUGCCUGAUUCGCUGAAAGAGCAGACACACCUCAAAGAAUGGCACAUUCACAGCACCCUGAUCCAGACCAUUCCUGCAUACAUUGAGCUGUUUCAAGCCAUGAGAAUUCUGGAUUUGCCGGAAAACCAAAUCACGUGUCUUCCAGCUGAAAUUGGUCGCUUGAAGAACCUGAAAGAACUCAAUGUGAGUUUCAACCAUCUGAGGAGUAUUCCCCCGGAGCUGGGAGACUGUGAGAAUCUAGAGAGACUGGACUGCUCUGGGAAUCUGGACCUGAUGGAGCUCCCCUUUGAAUUGAGUAAUUUGAAGCAAGUGACAUUUGUAGAUAUCUCAGCAAACAAUUUCUCCAGUGUCCCGAUCUGUGUCCUGCGGAUGUGCCGUCUGCAGUGGUUGGAUAUCAGCAGCAAUAAUCUGAGUGACCUGCCACAAGAUAUAGACAGGCUGGAAGAGCUGCAGAGCUUCCUCUUGUAUAAAAACAAGCUGACCUACCUCCCUCAAGCCAUGCUCAACCUGAAAAAGCUCACCUUACUGGUUGUCAGUGGGGAUCACCUGGUGGAGCUCCCGACUGCCCUCUGCGAUGCCUCCACACCUUUGAAAUUUGUAAGCCUUAUGGACAAUCCUAUUGAUAAGGCCCAAUGUCAAGACAGCGAUGAAACAAUAGAAAGUGAACAGGACCGCCAGCAUUUUGAUAAAGAGUUCAUGAAAGCAUAUAUUGAAGAUCUUAAAGAAAGAGAAGCUGUUCCCAGUUACACCACCAAAGUGUCAUUCAGCCUUCAACUUUGA